AUGUCCGGACUUCGGGAUGACUAUGCGUCGUUGCCUUCAAAUGCGACGUUCGGCCCAUCUCGCGACUUGCCGAUCCCGUUCGUAUAUUCAAUCAUCCCGUGGUGCCACUGCUGUGUGCCGUGUCGGCAAAUCGACCAACUGACGCGAUGCGAACCCAUCUCCGAGGAACAGGUCAAGCGGCUAUGCUUCAAAGCGCGCGAAAUUCUCAUCGAGGAGGCUAAUGUUCAAGUCGUGGAUUCUCCCGUGACAAUAUGUGGCGAUAUACACGGCCAGUUUUAUGACCUCAUGGAACUCUUUAAAGUAGGCGGGUUUUGUCCGGAGACGAAUUAUCUCUUCAUGGGUGACUUUGUGGACCGUGGUUUCUACAGCGUCGAAACUUUCCUUUUACUGCUCGCCCUCAAAGUUCGUUAUCCUGACCGCAUCACGCUAAUCCGUGGGAACCACGAAUCGCGGCAGAUCACCCAGGUGUAUGGAUUUUACGACGAGUGCAUGCGCAAGUACGGGAGCACAAACGUGUGGAGAUGGUGUUGUGAGGUGUUUGAUUAUCUUGCACUUGCUGCGAUUGUGGACGGGAGGGUGUUUUGUGUGCAUGGUGGAUUAAGCCCGAACUUGCAAUCGAUCGAUCAGAUUCGAGCAAUUGAUCGAAAACAGGAGGUCCCGCACGACGGACCGAUGUGUGACUUACUGUGGUCUGAUCCAGACGAAAUAUCGGGAUGGGGAAUAUCACCACGGGGUGCUGGUUUUUUGUUCGGGUCGGACAUUACCAAGACGUUUGCGCAUCACAAUGCGAUCGACCUCAUUGCGCGCGCGCACCAGCUAGCUAUGGAGGGGUACAAGCUCAUGUUUGAUGGGACAAUCGUGACUGUUUGGAGUGCCCCGAAUUAUUGUUAUCGGUGUGGAAACGUAGCCUCUAUACUCGAACUGGACGAACACCUCGCGCAAGAGUACAAAGUUUUCUCGCAUGCACCUUCGGACGUGCGAUCCAUACCAGCAAAGCGGCCUCUUGCGGAUUACUUCCUUUAA